AUGCCACCAAAGAAGGGUCCUAGUCAAGAAGAGAAGCUUUCUACUCUUUUAGCAUGGUUUCAAAAUACUCAUUCAUUCUACACGAUAAAAGAGAUCGAACAAAAGGCAAGUAAAGCAUGCAAGAUUCCACCAAUGCAAAUCAAAGAGUUGGUUACAAUUCUUGUUAAUGAAGGAUUGGUUGAACAAGAAAAGUGUGGGACGACGAAUUUGUUCUGGUCAUUUCAGUAUAUAGAGCAUAAGAAGAAAUUGCAACAGCAUGAUCUGCUUAGACAAUCCAUUGUCAAACUUAAAGCAGAAAAGGAUAAGUUAUUAGAAGAGUUACAAAACUCCGUUUCAGAACGUGAUAAUUUUCACAGUGAUCGCAAAUCACAGAUUCGUUAUUGCAACAACCUUGCUGAAGAGUUGAACCAACUAGAAUGCGAAAUGAAGCUGAACAAGCAAGACGAGGAAAUGGAAAGGUUGAUACAAGCUAUCAAUUUCUUUAAUGAGCUGAUAGAAUCUAUUCUCAGCUAUCUUAGUCAACAAUCAGGUACUAGUGUGUUAAUAUUGAAGAAUGAGUUUGGUAUACCUUUGGAUUUGGAUGAUACCCCUCCGAUGAACAGUAACGGAGUUAAUAUUUAA